CCCGCCUCCGCGCCCGAGGGGGCGAGGCGAGGCGGGGGCGGGCCCCGGGCCGGGCGUUGGCGCAGCGGCCGGUCGGGAGCAGCGGGGUUCGCCGUUGUGUGCGCGCUCUGCGAGGGGACGCGGGUGAGGUCAUCAGUGAGAAGUGGAAAAAUGGCUAAAUUGACCCACUUAGUUGACAAUGAAGUCUUCCGGGCUUAUGCUACUUAUACAACUAUUGUUCUUCUAAAAAUGAUGCUAAUGAGUCUUAUAACAGCAUACUUCAGAAUCACAAGAAAGGCAUUCGUCAACCUAGAAGAUACAGCAUCAUUUGGUAAAGGCGAGAGUGCUAAAAAAUAUCUGCGGACUGAUCCAGAUGUUGAACGUGUACGCAGAGGCCACCUGAAUGACCUUGAAAACAUUGUCCCAUUUCUUGGCAUUGGACUACUGUAUGCUCUUAGUCGCCCUGAGCUGUCCACAGCCUUGCUGCAUUUCCGGAUCUUCGCUGGGGCUAGGAUCGUUCACACUUUUGCAUACUUGAUCCCUCUUCCCCAGCCCAGCAGAGGAUUGUCUUGGGCAGUUGGAUAUGCAGUAACCAUCUCAAUGGCAUACAAAGUGCUGAAGACAGUGUUGUACCUGUAGUGGUAGUCGUAGUUUCUGUGUACUAUUUGACAUUCCAUGCAAAGUUUCCAGCAGUGUAUGUUGGUGUCUUGAAAGAGCCAGCAUGAGUUCUCCAUGGUGACUAGAAUUCAUUUUUUUAACAGAGGCUUUUCAUUCCUGUUCAGAAAUAUUUCUUUUUGGAGAAAAAAAAAAAAUCCUUCUCCUUGUAUUCUCUAUUCAUGGGCUGCAUUGCCAAAACGUUAGGUUGAAUGUUCCCUUUGCGAUUUGUCAAGUGCUUACGAUUCUAAACAUGCAAUGAUGCUGUAUUGAUAGCAUGUGUGGUAAUUUUCUACAGAUGCACUAUUUUUGCUGUAGCUCUGAAGUCUAAAUCAAUAAAGACAAGAGAAAAAAAAAA